AUGGGGUCGGGUGCAUCUCGAACAUCAAACAGCUUAUUAAAAGGUGUUGAAUGGAAUUGGCAAUCGAAUAAAAAUCCAUUCUCACCUUUGGAACCAGCACAAUGGAAACAGUAUUCAGAUUUAGAAAAUUUAAUCAUCGAACGAGCGCUCAAAAAUAAACAACAACGGGCCUUUUUGGAUCAGCAUAUCAUUGAUUUGGAAAGUAAUUUGCAAGUAUUGAGCGCUGAUCAGAGCAAGCAAAGACCAAUAAAACGAGUGAUACGUAAAAGAAAAGAUACAGGCUUACGAGAAGCGCGUUUCAUGAAUCAUCUUUUUCACAAGAAACAUUCAUGUGAUCCUGAGUACGUCUGGGUAUCACCGUUUAUAAUUGAAGUCCGAAGACACUUAAAAUAUCUACCGGAUGAUUUACCUUCAAAAAAUCGAGACCUAAUUCCGGAUCUUGUUGAAAAAGCAGCACACGGUAUUAUCGAAGAAGGCAUCAAAAUCGACAAGAAAUAUGAAGCUCUAGAGCUGGCUCGUAGGCUUAGAGAACAAAAAAAUAGGGGAAUUGAGGAAGUCUGGAAAUGUUGUGCAUAUCUUUAUACUUUGGAAAGCUUUUUAUACGAAAAAUUGCAUGAAGUGAUGGUAUCAGUUGGAGAUAAAAACAAGGAACAAUUUUGGCGAAGUAAACUGGGUACAUUAGGCCCAUUUUGUUUAUUACUAUGGGAUGAUCCAAUUAAUACAAAAUUGACGACUAGGAAAACCCUUUACCAUGCAGCCAAACUGGAACCUAAUGAAAUCGAUAAAUACAAAGACAUGAUGAAAGAUGGUAAGAAUUAUGGUUCAUUUCAAGCAUAUAUAUCCUGUAGUCGUAAUCGUGCCAAAGUUGAAAAACUCGGAAAUACAUUAUUCAUUAUAGAAGUCUUCGUUGCUUUUACUGCCAAUCUUAGUUCACUGUCUGAAUACCCUAAAGAAGAAGAAGAACUUAUAACACCUGGUGUCUGCUUUCAUGUUACAGACGUUGGAUUCGAUGAUAGGAAGCAGAAAAAUCUGAUCUAUUUGGAAUUAAGACAACGAUUUUCGGUGGGUGAUAUCACUAAAAUAUCAAAGAUAGGAGAUGCUUAUGUUCACCGUAAUGCUGUUAAUAUUGUGGCUACUUAUAUUGAUAAUGAUUAUGCUGAUGCCCCUGCUCAUGAUAAUCGUGCUCGUAAUGCUCAUAUUAGUAUUCGUGUUGAUCAUCGCCGUAUUAUUCAAGCUGCUAUGAUGUAUGAUCGUGAUGGUUAUGUCAUUGACAAGAAAAAAUCAGAAACCGGAAAGAUGAACACGGAAAGUUAA